AUGUUCGAGGAGGUCCUGCGCCUCGACCCCCGUAAUCCGCAGGCAAAUUUUUCGCUCGGUAUUGCAGCUUACCAGGAAGGCAAGAUCGGCCUUGCCAUCGAGCGGCUGCAGAUUGCCGCGCGCAAAGCAGCGAAGCAUCCGCAGGUGCAUCAGCUCCUCGGUCUGGCGCUGAUGAACGCGGGAGAUCUUGAGGGUGCACAAUCAUCGCUCAAGAAGGCGGUGUCGCUAGCGCCCAAGGAAGCUGAUUUUCACGCACAACUCGGCGACCUCUACAGGGCCAGGAGGCAAGCCGUUCUGUCGCGUCAAAGCUACCUGCGCGCCCUGAAGCUGGACCCGGAGAACGGGUACGGCCUGGUGGGAAUGGGCCAACUGGAGGUGACGAUCGGGAAUAUCGAUGCGGCAAUCGAGUGGUUUGAAAAGGCGAUCGCCUGCAAGAAGGAACUGCCGACUGCGUUUCAAUGCCUCAGCCUUGCAAAGACCUUCAAGGAAAAGCCCGCAGAGCUUGACCAGAUCGAGGCGCUCACGAAUGACGGUGUCCCCCGUCCGGGGCCCGAGCAGGCCAAUCUGCACUGGGCAGCAGGGAAGAUCUAUCACGACAUCGGUGACACUUCCCGUGGCCUGGAGCAUUAUCAAAAGGCACGGACGCUGCACUAUCCGCCAUUUGAUCCCGCUGCCUAUGAAGAUCGAAUUGCGUUCAUGAAGGACGUCUUCAACGAAGAGUUUUUUUCGAGCCGGGCGGAUUUGGCAAAUACCUCCGACAAGCCCGUCUUCAUCUUUGGACUGCCGAGGUCCGGCACCACGCUGGUGGAGCAGAUUGUUAGUUGCCAUUCCCGCGCUUCAAGCGGUGGUGAAAUCCAGUUUUUCAGGCAUUUGCAGGAGGAUAUCGGUUUGAAAGGAAAGCCGAGCGCAGCCCUGGAAAACCGUCUGAAGAGCAUGGAGCCAAAGGAAUUCAAGCGCAUUGCCCGCAAAUAUCUGGAGGUGCUGGACAGUGUCGACAGGCGAGCAGACCGAGUUACGGACAAGAUGCCUCACAAUUAUGAAAUGCUCUGGCUGAUGAGUGUGCUGUUUCCCAAGGCAGCGUUCGUCCAUUGCUACAGGUCUCCGGCCGAUACCUGCAUUUCAUUGCUGUCGCAUCCGCUUUCGCCGGCUCACAACUAUGCCCUGACCCAGGAUACGGUCGGGCGCUACUACCGCACCUAUGCCUCCUUGAUGGAGCAUUGGGAGAACGUGGUUCCGGUCAAUCUUCACACGCUGACCUACGAAACGCUUGUCGACAACCAACGCAGUGAGAGCGAAGUUCUGCUAUCGCAUGCCGGACUUGACUGGGAAGACGGUUGUCUUGAGUUCUACAAAAGUGAAAGCCCGGUAACGACAUUUUCCAACACGCAGGUGCGCCGGCCGAUCUUCAGGUCAUCGCUGGGAAGAUGGCAAGGCAAGGAAGCGCAUUACAGGGACCUGCUUGACGCGCUUGGUCCGCUGGCACCGCAAGUUUGA